AUGGCUAACCAUAAGUUAAAAUUUUUCGUUCUUACUGGCGAACCUGGGGUUGGUAAAACCACUCUAACGAAGAAACUUUCGUCAACUAUCGCUGACAAAGGCAUCAAGUUGUCGGGCUUUUAUACCGAAGAGAUCAGGAAAGACGGAGUUCGAGAAGGGUUUGAUAUUGUGACUGUGGAUGGCGUUAGAGGACGAUUGGCACGCGAUCAGACCCUGUUGAGCGCACCAAUAAAGCAAAAAGUCGGCAAAUAUGGCGUUUUAGUAAAAGAAUUUGAAACUAUUGCAAUGCCAUGUUUAGUAAAGUCAGAGGAUUCCACACCACAGGUACUGGUUAUUGAUGAAAUAGGCAAGAUGGAAUUCCAGAGUGAGACAUUCAAGGCUGCAAUUAAAAUUAUUUUUAACCACCCAUCACAUUACACCGUGCUAGCUACCAUACCUUUGAAAAAAGGCGACCAGUUGAUAGAGAGUAUAAGAAAUAACAAGAAUGCGAAGGUCUGGAUGGUCACAAGAAAAAAUAGAGACACCAUUCAUGAAGAAAUACUCAAAGUAAUGAAUACAGCACUGAGAUUUGAUUGA